AUGACAGAGGUAAAAUUUUACAAAAAAGCUGCAAGUUACUGGGCUAAAGUACCGGCGACGGUGAACGGAGUGCUCGGCGGCUUUGGUCACAUUUCGGACAUUGACAUAGAUGGAUCGAGAACAUUUUUGAAUCACUUAUUAUCACUCGACGACCCGCUAGAUACGAAACUAGCAUUGGAUUGUGGAGCGGGCGUCGGAAGAGUAAGCAAGUAUCUACUUGUUCCUUAUUUCGAUAAAGUCGAUUUGGUGGAACAAGAUGAAAAAUUUAUUAACACCGCAGCGGAGGUAAUAGGUCAGAAUAACGUGAAACUCGGAACAUUAUAUCAUAAAAGUCUUCAGAAAUUUAAACCCGAUAAGAAGUACGACUUGAUCUGGUGCCAAUGGGUUCUAGGAUAUUUGACAAACAAAGACCUUGUAGACUUUUUACGUAAAUGCAGCAAAUCCCUUGCACCUAAUGGUAUGAUUAUAAUAAAAGAGAACAUAGCUCCAGCGGAGGAACUUGAGUAUGAUGAUGAAGAUUCAUCUGUUACUCGACCAUACAAACAGAUGCUGACAAUAUUUAAUGAAGCAAAUCUUGAAAUAAUUAAAUCUGAAGUUCAAACUGGUUUUCCUGAUGAUAUUUAUUCCGUAUAUAUGUUUGCUUUAAAACCAAAUGUUUAA